AUGGAAUCCAUCUUUCUCCUUGGUGAAGAUCAGCGCGCCGCCUUUCUCCGCCUUACAAUGCAGUCCUUUCCAUCUACUACUUACAUUUGCCUCUGGUCUUAUUCACCCCUCCCAUCCAGUUGUUUACUAUUUCUGGAUGGAUUUUAUGAUGAAGAGAAAAUUGGGAACCUUGCUGCUACAAGGCUUUUCAAUGCAUAUUGCGGAUCAGUUAAGUACGUCGAUAACAAGUGGUUGCCCGGAUUAACUUCCAUGAACAAUGUCCCUUACAUGGAGGUGGACGUUGAUUACCUCCUAACCACGAUGCCAAUUACAAGCGAAAACGCAGCGGCAGCGCAGAUGCAAUUCUACCAGACCGUCGUGUUUAUGGGCUGCGCCGCCGGAGAGGUUGAACUAGGCUUCUCAACUAAGCCUCCGGUGAAUCUGCAAUCGGAGAUUCAAAGCCGGUUUUAUCUCUAUUUCCCGGAGCAAAUAGCUUCUUCAUCAACAUCAGUAGACAUUCCAUUUAUUAGCACUCAUCACUCCUUAAUCCAAACAGAAGAGCAACAAGUGAUGACUACUCCUCCCUCCGCCUUUACAACAUAUCAACCUGAACCUCUUAUAGUUGCUUCAACUCAUCGCAACUCCAACAGCCUAUUCACCAGAUCUCUUUCCUUCUUCAGAAACCUAAAUACCAGGAACAGCCUUCAGAUGCACCAUGUAAUCGUAGAAAGAAGACGACGACAGAAGCAAAGCCAGAGCUUCCAAAUUCUAAGACAUUUAGUCCCUCAAGUUUCUAAGAAGGACAAUGCGUCGCUUCUUGGCGAAACAGCUGAGUAUUUAAGGUCGUUGAGAUCACAAUUAGGAGAGCUCGAAACGAGAAAUGCUGUAUUGGAAAUGCAACUCUCCACAGCUCCAAGAGAAGAAUUAGGGUCAAGUAGUCAAAGGGUGAGUGUGGAGAUGAUGGCUCCAUCAUCAACAUCACAAGAGCGAUUAUUGGAUUUGAGAAUUAGUUUGAGAUCAAGAGAAUGCAGCUUGUCAGAUUUGGUUGCUCGGGUUUUGGGAUUAUUGAAACAGCAGGAAAGAAAUGUGAGCUUAUUAUCUCUACAAUCCGAUACCAGGUUUGUUGAAUCACUUCCAGUUCAUGGCCUAAUCCUUAGAUGCAAGGUUGAGGGAGAUGAAUUUGACGAAUCUGGUUUACAAGAAGCAGUGAGAAGAGUUGUUGAUGACACCCAUUCACACAUCUGCAAUUCCAACCACAUCGGUGCAUUCAUGGAUUUUUAGGGCAGCAAAGCCUAAUAUUCUCUCAUGAUCCACUAUGUAUAGUUAGUUGUUGAUACGAGCAACACACCACCUACACCGGAGCUACACUCUGAUGAUGACGACAGAGGCAGAGCCUGAUCAGGAUGAAGAAGAAAAAACAGAUAGAGAAGGGAAUGAAAGACAAGGAAGUAAAAGUGCACGGAAGAUCAAAGGCGGAUGGACGUCCCAAACGGCAAUCGAAGAAGCCGGUGAAAUAUGGGGAUUUUGUCUCUCGCUGAUUUCUCAAGUUUAAAGUUAUUUUUUAUAUUUUAUUAUUUAUCUUUGCUGAACUAUUUUAUUAAACUAUUUUGGGUCGAGCAUAUAAUUAUAAGCUCCGUUUCGGGUUUUCUUGUUGGUUCUUUCCCGAAAUGAUCGAGUCGAACCAAACCUAGGGUCCUUAGAUAAUAUAAAUAGGGAUUCUGUGAAUUGAGAUCAAUAUCAAUA